UCAAUCGAUGGAGCACAACUAUACGGUGAUCACAACCGGUAGAUGCGUGCCCAUUCAUUUCGACGAUGUGUCUGUCUUCACACUGCAGCAAGCCCUGAAAAACGCCGUUCGACCCACCGUGCCAAAGCUGCAGCUGAGAUGCAGACUCAGACGGGUAUCGGAAUCAGGAGUCCCGCCCCCCAUGAUGUCGUCGCAAAGCCUUGCGGGCGCUGAAGGGGGCGGAGAAGGUGAGACAGCGAUGCACGCGCCUUUCUCUGGCUUAGUGAGUACUGUGUGUUUGCUUCAGAUGCCAUGUCGGGUCCUUCGGUAAGUCGUGAGCGGAGUGAGGCGCUCAGUCAGGAUGUGGCCAUCACCACAACACUCGAUACCAUCAGAAGGCACUUCCAGGACUUCCAAAUAAUCAGGGAGAAGGUGAUCGAGCCGGAGUUUCUCGUUUGUAAGCUGCUUCUCGUCUGUGUUUCGUUCAGCUAUCGCACCAUGUAGAGACGCUCUCUGAGCCAUCUGACCACCUCUCGUCGUCCAUCGAUGGCGCAGCUCUCCACUCCUCUUCGCUUCCUGCAUUGAGGGAGAGCCUCGACCAUUUGCCUGAUGCAUUGGAUAGGCUGCAGGGCAUGCUUGACAUGUGCCAUCAGUCGCUAGGUCCGCAGGCAUGUACUCGCAUAUUUCCCUGCAUUUCUCCACCACACACAUAUGCGCACGUAUGUGUGCAGGUAGUGUGUCUGGUCCAGUGAGGAAGAUGGCCAUGUACCUCAGAGACAUUCGCAAAGCCACAACGGUGAGCAUUCAGCAGACGGCUCUUUCCUGCAACGAUCCUCUCGCAUUCAGGGUAUCGAAGAGGACAUCCCAACACCCACUGCAGAGGAGCCCUCGCCCCUCGCCCUCCCCCCGCCCACAUACUACGACGAAAUCCUCUCUCGCGUCAUGGAAGACUUCACCAUCUCGCCGAGACCAAAAGAAAGAGACUCCACCAAGGCCAAGGGAGCCUCCCCUGCUACUGGUGUGGUCGAUGUUGAGGCUUAUCUGGGCGACUGAGGAGCGAGGGCCUGAUGGGUGAAGAACGACGGGAAGAGGGACACCGGGCGGACGAGGGGUGGUCCCUCCCCGCACCGAGGGAGGUGGGCGAGGCC